AUGUCAGCAUACCGCCCGAAUCAGAAUCUAUCACUAGUGGACUCCCCGCCUGUCGUCGUACCGUCUUCGUCGUCGACAACGCUGGACUCGAACGCAGCAGCGCCCCAGGUUGCUGCUCGUCCGCCUCCGGUGCCCAAAGCAGAGAAACCUAGACCAAGGAUUAGAGCGACCAAGGCUGCGCUGACGAUAUGCUUGAAGACGUCAGCAGCAGUAGAACGCUUAAAGGCACUCCUUCGUGGCCCAACCCCCCAGCUCAUCAGAAUCGGUGUUCGCAACAAGGGAUGUGCCGGACUAUCGUACCAUCUAGAAUAUGUUGAAGAGCCGGGCAAGUUCGACGAGGUUGUAGAACAGGAUGGCGUCCGGGUGGUCAUAGACAGCAAGGCGCUCUUCUCAAUCAUAGGGAGCGAGAUGGACUGGAAGGAAGAUGCUUUAAGCUCAAAGUUUGCCUUCAAGAACCCAAACAUCAAGGAUGCUUGCGGAUGCGGCGAAUCAUUCAAUGUCGCACCAUCGGCACAACCAUGA